AUGAGCACGGGCUACCACGUUUUCAAAUGGCCGACGGUGCACGCAAACGAGGUGUAUGUGAGCGGAAGCUUUGACGGUUGGACGAGCCGGCACCGGCUCGAGAAGGACCGGGAGCAGGACUGUUUCCGGGUGCAGUGCCGCAUCCCGAGGGAGAAGAAGGUGUACUACAAGUUCAUUGUCGACGGAGAGUGGUACACCUCGGAGGAGGACACGACGGAGAGCGACGAGCACGGGAACGUGAACAACGUCGUGGUGUACCACGCUGGAGAUGGGGACGGCGAUGGCAGCAGUGGCGACACCGACGCCGACGCUGCGGUGAUUGUGCACGACUCGGACGGCUCGUCCGAGUUCACGUCGAUUUCGCAUCCCAACAGCGAGACCCGGUGGGAGGAGAUCCAGCAGGAGGUGGAGGCGGCGAAUGCCGCCGGGGACGAGGACGCGGAGGGGGACGAGGAUGAGGACUUGACGUCGUCGGUGCAGAUCACGCUCAAGGACACGAGUUCCGUGACGGCCAGCAUCCAGAGCCGGACCACCCCGAGCACAAAGCUGACCGUUCCGAAGCACGGCGACUCCUUCAUGGGCCGGCUCCGAAGUAUCUUCCACAAGUGA